UAUAUAUGUGUGUAUAUAUGGUUUACGAUUGUUGAAGCCACACCAGAUUUAUCCUCUGUUCAGGAUAUACAAUGUCUCACAAAAUAUCCGCCAAAUCGGCGUAUAGCACAGCCGCAAAGUUGCCGUCGGCCAUGGCGAGGCAGGCGUUGCAGCGUCAACCUUUAUCUAUGAAAAGCCGAGGCUUUUCAGUCAAAGACCUGGCUUCCCGUUUGCCACGUAACCAUCCCAUCCCCUGCCUUUUAUUCCUCUCUCUUUUAUUCUUCAUGGGCGUCGAGUACACGCUGCCAAUGGUUCCUUCUUCUUCUCCGCCGCUCGACAUCGGUUUCCUUCUCACUCAGAGUUUCCAUGCCUUCCUCGCCGCAAGGCCUGAGCUCAAUUCCUUUCUCGCAGCUCUCAACACGGUUUUUGUGGGCAUGCAAGUGGUUUAUAUUCUCUGGGCUCUGUUGGUGGAGGGAAGGCCUCGGCCGACGGUGGCGGCGCUCUUCAUGUUUACUUUCAGAGGUGUUGUGGGUUACGCAACACAGCUUCCUCUUCCCCCGGGAUUUCUUGGCUCCGGAGUGGAUUUUCCGGUAGGAAACGUAUCAUUUUUCCUCUUCUUCUCCGGCCAUGUGGGCGGUGCGGUGAUUGCAUCGCUGGAUAUGAGGCGGAUAAGGCGGCGAAGGCUGGCAAUAGCGUUCGACGUUCUCAACAGUCUUCAAGCGCUCAGGCUGCUGGCCACUAGAGGGCAUUAUACUAUAGAUCUGGCGGCCGGGAUCGCCGCUGGCUUCAUCUCCGACGUCCUAUCAGGAAUGUAUGAGAGCCGAGUUAAUAAGUUUUCGGCGCCUUCUGAUUCUAAAAUUUAUCCUCCAUGCUGCAAGUGCAGAUGUAAGUGAUGGAUUGGAAGAACUUCGGCGAGAUUUGUUGUUUUGUUUUGAGCUAUGUUUACUUUGAUUUGGGAGGCAAAUAAUCACUCAUCUGGCCCUGUAAUCCCAUUGAAUGAAUAUUAAUUAUUAUUAUUUUAUUUAUUUUGUAUGCAUCA